UCUCGCUUUCGACAUAAUUCAAAAAACCAUGGGAAGUUUAAGGCCUGUAGCUGUUGUUUCACUGCUUUCUGUUCUCCUUCUUUCCAUUCCACUACAGGGAACUUCAGAUUCUGCCCAGGAAACCUUUCUUCAAUGUCUUGUGGACAAUUCUCAUCCAUCUCACCCCAUCUCUGCAGCAAUCUUCACUCCUCAAAAUCCCUCCUAUUCCUCUGUUCUGCAGUCUUCCAUUCGAAAUCUUCGAUUCAAUGAGAUUCACCCGAAACCAUUCCUUAUUCUCACUGCUAAGCAUGAGUCCCAUAUCCAAGCUGCCAUUGUUUGUGCCAAAAAGGAUAACAUUCAAAUGAAGAUUCGAAGUGGAGGCCAUGACUACGAGGGCUUAUCAUAUGUUGCUACUGUCUUCUUCUUUGUCCUUGACAUGUUCAAUCUUCGAUCCAUUGAUGUAGAUGUAGCAAACGAGACUGCCUGGGUUCAGACAGGAGCAACACUUGGUGAAGUUUACUACAGAAUCUCCGAGAAGAGCAAAACACAUGGCUUCCCAGCUGGUGUUUGUCCCACAGUUGGCGUCGGUGGUCACUUUGGUGGAGGUGGCUAUGGUAAUAUGAUGAGAAAAUAUGGUCUUUCUGUCGAUAACAUCGUCGAUGCAUAUUUCAUUGAUGUUAAUGGCAGACUUCAUGAUAGAAAAUCCAUGGGUGAAGAUAUCUUCUGGGCCAUCAGAGGAGGUGGGGCCGCAAGCUUCGGGGUUGUUCUUGCAUACAAAAUUAAGUUGGUUCGUGUUCCCGCAGUCACUGUCUUUCGGGUUGAGAAAACUCUGGAGGAAAAUGCGACGGAUAUCGUAGACCAGUGGCAACAUGUUGCGGAUAAGCCUGAAGACCUCUUUAUCAGACUUGUCCUCGAUGUUGUAAACAGCAGUCGAAACACUGGCGAAAAGACCGUAAGGGCUGCAUUCAUUUCCUUGUUCCUCGGAGAUUCUGAGAGACUUCUUUCUAUCAUGAAUGAGAGAUUUCCCGCACUGGGUUUAGCUCAAUCCGAUUGCAUUGAAACAAGCUGGGUUCAAUCUGUCCUAUUCUGGACCAACAUUUCCAUCGAGACAGAAACAGAUAUUUUGUUGGAUCGAACUCCUUCAUCAUUGGUUUUCCUGAAAAGGAAAUCAGAUUAUGUGAAGAAACCAAUUCCAAAAACUAGUUUGGAGUGGCUUUGGAAGAGAAUGAUUGAACUACAGGUGCCACAACUGCUAUUCAAUCCUUACGGUGGGAGGAUGGCUGAAAUUCCAUCGACAGCAACUCCUUUCCCACACAGAGCUGGAAACCUAUGGAAGAUUCAAUACGUAACGAAUUGGAAUGAAGCUGGCACUGAAGCAGCAGAUCGUUACAUAGGUUUGACGAGGAAGCUCCAUGGAUACAUGACUCGUUUCGUGUCCAAGAACCCAAGGGAGGCAUUUCUCAAUUACAGAGACAUUGAUUUGGGUGUCAACCACAAUGGAAGACAAAGCUACAUGGAAGGAAGAGUUUACGGAAUCAAGUAUUUCAAGGGAAAUUUCAACAGAUUGGUGCAUAUUAAGACUAAGGUUGAUCCUGACAAUUUCUUUAGAAAUGAACAAAGUAUUCCCACACUUCCACACUAAUGCAACUGAAUCAAAUGGUGGCAGAUAUGUAGUGUAUUCAUUAAUUUAUUAUCAGUCUAUAACUGUUUUCUCGGUUGCUAGAAGUGUAGGAAAAAUAAGUUUCGUCUUUCUUAAGGAUAAAACAAAAGAUUGUUGUGCAACCAAAGUUUAUUUGAAAAAGAAAAGAUGAAACAAAUAUAAUAUUUUAUUUGUGUAA